UUAAUCAUAUGAAACCUUUAUUUCGUCCAACUGGAGCAGACAAGCAGCGUGGAGGAUGCUCGUAACAUUCACGCCGCUUAUUAGUAUCAUACCAGAAUAGCAGAAAUCAAUGAGAGCAUCAAGCGCUGCCCCUUCAAUAUCGACCAUUUCUAUUUCCGGCUGCCGGGAUUCAAUCAUUUCACUUGUGAACAUGGCCCUGAAGUAGUCCGAGUAGGCAGCGAGUACGACUCGAUGGGCGCUGAUGCGGAAAUCCUCGGCUAUCAAAGUCACAUCACAAAAGCGACCGCUAUCUCGUAA